GGAUUGGCUCUGGGAAUUUAGAGUGCCAAUCAACGAUUCUUCGACGCUGACGAUGUUGCACGUGCCCGAGCAGUCGCUGCCCAACAUCCUAUGUUGCAUGUGCGCGGUGCCCAUCAAGGCCAACGCCGCCAACAUGUGCGUGAGCUGCCUCAAGGGCCAGGUUGAUGUGACCGAGGGCAUUCCCAAGGAAAUCAUCAUGCACCAGUGCCGUGGCUGCCUCAAGUGGUCGCGCCCGCCGUGGGUCGCGGCGGAGCUCGAGUCGCGUGAGCUUCUCGCCAUCUGCCUCAAGAAGAUCUCGGGCCUCAACAAGGUCAAGCUCGUGGACGCGGGCUGGGUCUGGACCGAGCCGCACUCGAAGCGUCUCAAGCUCAAGCUCACGGUGCAGAAGGAGGUCAUGAACGGCGCGAUCCUCCAGCAGUCGUUUGUCGUUACCUUUAUCGUGCGCAACCAGCAGUGCGACGAGUGCCAAGCCUCGUUCACCAACAACUCGUGGAAGGCGGUUGUCCAAGUCCGCCAAAAGGUCGACCACAAGCGCACGUUCUUCUACCUCGAGCAGCUCAUUCUCAAGCACCGCGUGCACGAGAAGACGUCGUCGAUCGAGUCGCACCCGGACGGUGUCGACUUCUUCUUUGUCGAGCGCAACCACGCGCUGCGCUUUGUCGACUUUUUGUCCGAGACGGUCCCGAUCAAGCUCAAGACGGCCAAGAAGCUCAUUUCGGCCGAUAACCACAGCAACACGGCCAACUACAAGUUUACGUAUGCCGUGGACCUCGCGACGGUCUGCAAGGACGACCUUGUCGCGCUCCCGCUCAAGCUCGCGCGCCAGCUCGGCAACAUCUCGUCGCUCUGCAUUGUGACGCAAGUCACGUCGUCGAUCCACGUGAUUGACCCGUUCACGAUGCAGCGCGCGGAGAUCGACAACGACAAGUACUGGCGGUACCCGUUCAAGGCGCUCCGGUCGUCCAAGCAGCUCGUCGAGUACACGGUGCUGGACUCGAACCCGCUCCAGAUCCCGACGCUCGGCGGCGUCCCGGUGCGCACGAACCGCAAGACGCGCCUCGCCGAGAUGGAGAUCGUCCGCAACUCGGACUUUGGCGUCAACGACACGCGCUUCCAGACGACGACGCACCUCGGCAUGCUUUUGAACGUCGGCGACACGGCCAUGGGCUACGACCUCUCGACGUCGGUCUUUAACGACUCGGACACCAAGCCGCUCGACGAGGCAGGCAUUACGCUUCCCGACGUCAUCCUUGUCCGCAAGCAGUUCCUCCGCCGCGUCCAGAAGCGCAGCCGCAACUGGAAGCUCAAGAACAUUGAAGGCAUCGAGUCGGCGGUCCCGGUCAAGAAGGCCGAGCAGACCAAGACCGAGAUGGACUACCAGCAUUUCUUGGACGAGCUCGAGGACGACAAGGAGAUGCGUUCGAAGAUCAACAUUUACAAGGUCGACGACGACAAGGCGGGCGACGACCAGGACAUGGAGGACGACGACGAGGGCACGGGUGUCAUUCCGGUCGAAGAACUGCUUGACGACAUGAAGAUUGAAGAGAACGAGGUCGAGAUCCUCUCGAUCACGGAAGCCAACGCGUCGCACGGCCUCAACGUCGACGAUCUCUAAAUCCCUCUUGCUUUUUCCAAUUUGCUAACUCCAAAACUCCAAUAUAUACGACUUUUAGUGCCA